AUUGUAAUAGACUUUAAAGACGUUUGCAAUCCUAUCAAUGUUAAUUUUAUUUGACUUUAAGGUAAUACUGGGCGGUGGCCGAAGACACUGGUUACCAAAAGUAGCACAAGAUCCAGAACAACCCACCGACGAGGGUAGACGAUUGGACGGACGGAAUUUGAUAGACGAUUGGAUUAGAGACAAAAAGAAACGAAACAUUAAAGCCGAAUACGUAUGGAAUAAUAGUCAGCUGGACAAAAUCGAUGCGAAAAAUGUUGAUUAUCUUUUAGGUUUGUUUGCGUAUUCGCACAUGGAGUUCGAGGUGGACCGAGACAAAGGACAAAACGGCGACCCACCCCUAAGCGAGAUGGCCGUCAAAGCGUUAUCUAUACUCCAGAAGAACAACAAAGGAUUUUUUCUGUUUGUAGAAAGUGGCCGCAUCGACCACGCGCAUCAUUACAACAAUCCUUACAGGGCGUUAGAGGAAACGCUUGUGCUGGAGUCCACGCUGGAAGCCAUUAUGUCUAAGGUAGACUUGUCAGAUACACUCAUCGUUGUCACAGCGGAUCAUUCGCAUGUAAUGACAAUGGGAGGAUUGGCAACCCCUCGGGGCAACGACAUAUUGGGCGUGGACGUGAAGCCGUCGGACGUGGACGGGCUGCCGUACAGCACGCUGCUCUAUGGCAACGGGCCCGGCCACAGUGCCGAACACCGGUUGGUGCCCAUGGUGAACGCAACUGACGCGGAGACGCACAACCGGUUGCACGGGGCCGCGGUGCCCCGUCAGUGGGCCACGCAUGGAGGCGAAGACGUGCCCGUGUACGCGGCCGGACCACAUGGCAUCACGCAAGCACUGUUCUCCGGCACGUUCGACCAGUCUUACGUGCCGCACGCCAUCGCUUACGUGGCGUGCCUGGCCGAGCACGCCGAGCGAUGUCGCCGACAGGACGCCGAGGCCGUCAACCGGAGCAACAGCGACGCCACGUUCACCGCCGGUAAGGCGGGCGUCCUCGGGGUAGGACCCUCGUCGCAGGGCUGCUCGGUGGACACGAACGCCGUGACCAGGACGGCGGCGACGGGUGGUGCCAAGAGCGGAGCGGCCAUCGUACUGGCCAGCAGCGUGCUGUCUGACAACGGGUCGUCCAAGCAGACCAACAACACGAAUCCACUGCUGAACCUUGGUUACGCACUGAUCGCCGCGGCAGCCAUGCUCGUGGUAGCGGUCACGUAAGUCUCGAGGAGGGGCGGUGCGGUGCUCGGCCCUAGGUCUCGGUGACUUCGCGCUCGUAAUACCUAUAUUAUACGUAUACAAUAAUAAUAUUAUGUUAUAUCGUUAUUAUUUCCUAUUAUUUUAAUCGUAAAAAUGUACAUAUGAACGAUUGUGGCAACGACGACGUCGUCGUCUGGCGAUGUGCGUAUAAAUCGAAGGGGGUUUUAUUUUUUUUCCUUUAUCAGAGACACUAGUGAUUGUGUGGGUGGGUGGGUGGGUGGG